GUUGAGUUUGUGCUCAUGAAAAAGUUAAGAAACCUGAAAUCCUCAUAUCGCAGUGACUACGGAGAUUUGGAAAACUUAAAACUAGAAUUACAGUAUUGUAAAAAACAAGUUGAUAUGUGUAGACAAAGACUUGUGCAAGAGUUUGAUGUUUGGUACAGUGAAUAUUUUCCAUCAGUUGAGAUGACUGGAUAUUCUUCUAAUAUACAGCGUAUUGAAGAUGAAGAUGACCAUAUUGAUAUAAAACAGUUACCUAGCAACACAACAGACCCUGAAGCAGUGGCAUUCUAUAAUGCAAAACUACGAACAGAAAGGAGGCAUAUUGAAAACAAUAUAACACGUCAACCACAGCCACAGUAUGUAAAGAAAAGAGGUGUGAAAACGUCAUCUGGUCAAUUGAAGUGA